CUAGCCGCACUUUCUUUCUUUCUUCCCUUUUCUCCUCUCGGUCUAUCUUUCCCUUCUUAUUCCUUGCUGCAUCUUCCUUUCUCCUUCCCUUUUAUCCUCUCGGUCUAUCUUCUUUUCUCCUCCCCGGAUAUGAAAGAAACGAUCAGAAAAGCAACUAUCCGGGUAGGGAUUGGGCAUACAUGUGUGUUUUUUUUUGGGGGGUUUUUUUGUUCAAAAUGGGAUUCUGACGUUUUUCUUUAUGGGUUUUGGUUUCGAACGAGGGCGGAAGAAAAGGGGGUCACGUGGUGGCCUCGGGUGUUGACGGCGGUGAAGGGAUCGUCUUCCAGACAAGUAAGAAGAGGGAGAUCUGGGUAAGUAGAGAAGCGAAAGAAAGGAGAAACCAGAUCUGGGUUUGACAUUCGGACUUUGCAAAUCUGGAUUUUGGAUGAGGAGUGGGUAGUGUAGUUAUUUUGGACGAAAUAUGGAAUUUUGGGUUUGAUGAGGUGGCGAUUUGGACAGAAAAUGGAACUUUGUAAAAAAUUGUGACCUAUUCUAAAAUUAUCCUAAAAAUAAAUUGUGACCUAUUCUGAAGUUAACCCAAAA